AUGGCUGGGAAGGUCGUUAAACAGUUGGCUGGUAGUGGAACUGGUCAGAGCCUUUCGGACUUGAUGACAGCAAUGAAGUAUACUUUAUCGGGCUCUGUAGUUGUUAAAAUCAUUUGCAAAGCUACAACAGAAGAAAUGUGUGCUCCUAAAAGAAAACAUUUGUCCUAUCUUGUACAAUGUACGUUUGAACCCCGCCUUUCAGUCCCGGAUUUCGCCAACCAACUCGUCAUCCGCACACAACAUAGCAACUUGGUUGUUGUAUUCAAAGCAUUGCUGACGAUACACCACUUAAUGCAGUUUGGGAACGAGAGAUUUUCACAAUACAUCGCUUCAAAUAACUGCCAUUUUUAUGUACCAAGUUUACAUGAUCGCAACAGUGUUCAGGCCCAUGGAAUUUCCUUGUUUCUACGACCAUAUGCAAAAUAUCUGGAUGAAAAAGCAGCUUCCUAUCGUGAAGUAGCCUUCGACUUCUGUCGUUUAAAACGCGGGAAAGAAGAUGGUGAUAUGCGAACAAUGCCUCAAGAUAAACUAAUGAAAACUUUACCAGUUAUUGAGAAACAAUUAGAUGCUCUACUUAUGUUCGAUGCUACACUUAAUGAAUUGUCCAAUUCACUUCUUCGAGUUGCUCAUUUAUCUCUUUAUCGAGAUUUAAUUCGUUUAUACGCUGUGUAUAAUGAGGGUAUGAUUAAUCUGAUUGGUCGAUAUUUCACUAUGUCCAAACGAGAUUGUCGGAUAUCAUUAGAGAUUUAUAAGAAUUUUCUAAAACGUAUGGAAUCUAUGAGUACAUUUGUAAGAGUUGCUGAGUCUGCCGAACCUGGAGGCACACCCUUAUCAAUUGAUUCAGAAAAUAAUCCUUUCAAGCCAGUCCCUCCAUCAGUUUUAGAAGCCCUUGAAGAACAUUUAACAUACUUAGAAGGUCAUAAACAAGUUGAAAAAAAAAUGACUAGUAAUAUAUCUCCAAAACCACAACCAACAACAAAUCCAUCAAUAUCCAAUUAUAAUAAUGAUGAUUUCGAAUCAUUGGAUUAUUCAACUGGAUCAGAUAAAUUUAUAUUAACUCCUACAGAACGUCAACGUAUUAUUGAAGAAGAACGUGCACGUUUAGAAUCAUUUGUAUCUACUGCAAGACAGCAUAAAUUUUCAGAUAAUCAUCAUGAUCAAAAUAAUAUAAAUAUGAAUGAUAUAAAUCAACAAAAUUAUUAUUCAAUGAAAUCCGAUAAUGAUCAUUUUCUUGAUUUAUUAUCAUUUGAUGAAUUAUCUCAAACAAAUGCUAAACAACAAUUCAAUGAUUCAUUGACAUCUAUUGAACAGAAUUCCAUAAUAACAUCUGAAAAGAAUCUACUUGAUUUCAAUGACGUUCCAACUAAUUCAUUACCAUUUGGGUCGAAUAGAAGUCCACCAUUACUUCUCUCUGCUCAGUCAACUUCACUCUAG